AUGCCCAAUCACGAAUCCACCACACUGAAACGGAAGCGUACGCUCUCUCAAGGGGAUGAAUCGUCCCAGAACAACCCCCCGGCGCCUAUCGCGCGAUCAGAUAUCUGGAUGGAUGAUGGGAGUAUCGUUCUCCAGGCCGAAUUCACCCAGUUUCGCGUGCAUCGAACAAUGCUUACUCGGCAUUCGAAUAUCUUCAAAGACAUGUUCUCGGUUUCUCAGCCAUCUAGCGACUUAACAGUGGAAGGAUGCCCAGUGGUUCAUCUAUCUGAUUCCGCCCAAGACAUGAAAUAUGUCCUCUCUGCUCUGUAUGACCAGACCUAUAUCUCGAGGGUUGCGAUCCCGUUUCCUGCGGUGGCUGCUAUGCUUCGUCUCGGGAACAAGUACGAAUUCAUCCAGCUGCGAGAGGACGCCCUAUUUCGCUUGCGCUCGGAAUUUCCCUCUACUCUGAAGGAAUGGCAGGUCCUGCCUUCAGAUUACACACAUAUGGUGACUCAAGGCGGCAUCCUGUACGAUAUCAUCAAUCUAGCGCUCGAGGAAGGACUUUUUUCGAUUCUGCCUGCUGCCUAUUAUCUGUGCAUCCAGGACAUCGUAAGCCCUGCCAAUACACUGUUGAAACUAUCGUCACCACUAAGGGCUGGGCAGAAUGAGAUUUUCUCCGGUCAAAAGCGAAAUGACGGGACGCUUGCGACUCUUCCACCAUCCGUUCAAAAAGCAUGUAUCCUUGGGCGAGAAGAAAUUCUGGUCCAGCAAGCGCAGGCCACACUCGGAUGGCUCGAUGUCGACUCGGAGGUUAGCGACAACUGCAACCAGCAGCACUCCUGCGCCACGACUUGCACACAGCUCGUUUCGAUAUUGUGGAAGCCGGUUCCCGAGCCAUGCCGGAGUUUGGAGAAAUGGUCCCAACUGGAUCCACGGGGGCUUUGCUCGGCCUGUCGCGAGGAGGCAAAACGAAUUCACGAGGCUGGGAGACAACAUAUGUGGGAAAAGAUGCCGCAAAUUUUUGGAUUUCUGCCUUGGGAUGAACUGAGAAAGCUGGAUCGAUAA